AUGGCGCCAGAGCCACUAGAGCCGGAGCAAAUCCCGGCUUGCAUAAGGGAAAACGUGCAGGAAUUCUCUGAGGAAAUAUCCAAGGUCGGGGGCUUGAUGCUGGAGCUACUGUCGGAGGCGUUGGGUCUUGCUGCGAAUCACUUGAAGGAGGAGAUGGGUUGCGCGGAAGGAAUGGGAUUAGCCUGCAACUACUAUCCUCAUUGUCCUCAACCGGAGCUCGCUCUGGGAAUCACCCACCACACCGAUAUUGGGUUCAUCACGAUUCUUUCCCAAGACCACGUCGGAGGUCUGCAAGUUGUUCAUCGAGGUCACUGGGUCAAUGUGCCUCCGGUUCUGGAGGCUUUAGUGGUCAACAUGGGAGAUAUGCUUCAGGUACAUGUUUGA